UUAUGAAUAAACCUUAAUAACAAAAAUAGGGAACAAAUUAAAAUAGCAGUGCAUGGUUGUAUGCCUUAGGUGGUUUAGCAAUUGGAGUUAUAGGAACAAUAUUUGGAAUGAAGGCUGUUGCUAGUAAUGAAUAGUCUUAGAUCUAGAGUUAAAUACAAUCAAAAUAAUAGCCUUCAUAAAUCACAAAUGAUGGUGAAUAAUUAAUUGAAAGUCUUUGUUGUCCAAUAUCUGGAGGUUAUUUAUGAUUAUUAUCUUUAAAUUAGAAUUGAUUGUCGAUGCAGCCUAACUUAGUACAUGUGGUCAUACUUUUGAUAAGGGUCCCUUAUUAUAAUGGUUGAAAAAAUCUUAGGAAUGCCCUUAAUGUAGAAAACAAACUAAUGAAUCAAAUAUAAUCAAAAAUUAUGCUUUAUAAUAAGUCAUUGAUUAACAAAGAGCAAAACAAUGAU